CAGUUGUCGGAGUUCAGCUUUCGGCUGCGCAGCUUCUUCUGUCUCCUCAUCCCGGUCGGGCUCUGAGCGUCAUGGAGGGGGCUUCAUCCGUGGUGCCGGGCUUCCUGGCCAAGCUCUGGACUCUGGUCGACGACUCGACCACCGACGACGUGAUCGGCUGGAACCCGAGUGGCCAGAGCUUCUCCAUCCUGGAUGAACAGAAGUUUUCCAAAGAGCUGCUUCCCAAAUAUUUCAAACAUAACAAUAUCUCCAGCUUCAUCCGCCAACUCAAUAUGUACGGUUUUCGCAAGGUGACUGCAGUGGACAACGGGAUGGCUGUCCCAGAAAAGAAUACUGCCAUUGAGUUCCAGCAUAUGUACUUCAAACAAGGGGAAGUAAACCUUCUGGAGAACAUCAAGCGUAAGGUGUCAUCUGGGAGAGGCGAGGAACCCAGAGGGGGUUCCGAUGACUUGCAGAAAACUCUUGCUGAUGUGCACGAGCUCAAGGAGCAGCAGCAUGGCACGGAUGACACGAUGGCAAGCCUGAAGAGGUCAUUGCCAGAUGUGUCUGGUUCCCCGCCUUCGAAGUUCAGCCGCCAAUGUGUCCCGAUCCCUGUGGACGGUGGGGAAGCUGUGGAUGUGUUGGAGCCUGUUCCUCCAACUAUCCAAGACUCUGAUAACAUCACGAUCCAAGAUAUCUCAGCUGCUAUGGAUGAUGACCUCCUUGACUUUGGGGUCCCAGAUUCCACUUUCAUGGGAUCUCCAACUCUUUCUGAAGAUCUGCCAGGCCUGAUGGACGGGAGUAACAGUCUGUCCCCUCUGAAUAUGAUGCCAUCCUUCGGGCUGGACUUGGAUAUGAAUGACUGCCCACUUCAAAUCACUGAUGAUCCCCUGGAGGAUAAUGAUAUUAUGGACCUUCCUCUGGAGCUGCACCCCUCCCAGGACAUUGAUUCUGAAGAUCCUGCUGCCAUGAUUGAGUCCAUCCUGAACGACAAUUGCAUGGCUGGCGAGAAUGUUGACUUUUUGGACAGGGAUGAUAUGCAGGAAUUUCUGAAUGCUAUUGAAGCUAACCUGGAGGAGCUUCAGUCCAUGCUGACUGCAAGAGAACAGGUUCCAGAACCAGACUUGGACCUCCUGAAUGAGAUUCCAAUUCCUGAAUUUCCAGUCCUGAACAUGAACGAAGAAGGAACCUCAUCCGAUAUCUCUGAUGUAAGAAUGAAUUCCAUCUAGCUCCAAGGAUGAUCUCUCUAUAUGUAUUUACUGUCAAGUUAUGACACUGUGUAUUGGCUACCCACUGUGAAAGAUUUCCAUCCAGUGGUGGGAUCACUAACAAGAGAAUUGCAAAUGA